ACGUGCACAGCAACUCGCCUGGGCACCACUUGCGUUAAGCACUUUAACCGUUGGCACCCCACAGCUUCAAGCGCUAGCUGCCACAUUGCAUCCACACCAAACACCAACACCCAGGCCGCAGCCAUGGCCUCACCGCGGACUGCUCGCCGCGCCCCGGCGGCGGCCGCAGUCGGGGCGUGCCUGGUGGCGUGGCUCCUCACCUCAGGCGUUGUUGUGGUGGACGCCGCCCGCAACCUCAAGGACAGCAGUCCGCCGCCGUCGCCUGCUCCACCUCUCACGAGUUUCUCCGGCAAGAGCGCUUCCCCUGCUGCUGUAGCUGACGGCUCGUCAUCCAGGGUUCAGGUGCAGGCGCCUUUUGUGAACGUGGACGUGGACACCAAGAGCGGCGGCGGCUGCGUCGUCAUUCCUGGCGUCGGCCGCCUGGGCUGGUUGGACGGCUGCCGCCGCCGCCAGCUACUGGCUGCAGCAGUAGCAGAUGCAUCCGCUGGCGUCAUUUCUGCUACAGCCGAUGUGCAGCCUGCAGGCGGCCAGGGGGCCGCCUCAGCAGCCACGCAGGCCCCGGGCAGCAGCAGCAGCACACCUGACACCGUUGCGCCUGCUCCGGUUCUUGCGCCGGCUGCUGCCCCGUCUGCAGCUGUGUUGGCCUGAGUCCGUGUGUGGUUUGCCCGCGCGACACGAGGUUGUGUGCUGGCGCUUAGUUGCCGCGAUAGCGAGAGCCAUUAGCAUGGUUGGGAGGGAGGCUUCUUACUGGGGGUGUUAGCAGUGCGUGGGUUGCAAAGACGCGUGACACGACUCGGCGAACACAUGGUGUACUUACUUUUGCCCCGGUUGCGAACCUUGUCUGGUGUGGGGUGUUUAAUUGGCAGCUGUGCAGCGGGGGGCUAGACAUGGCUGUCAGCAGCAAGAGCGCUGUUAGCAUAGUUAGCACUUACUGUGCUGCAAUCAGCAGUGCUGUUCCGUUUGUACCUGAGUCUGUACCAAGAGGAGCUCGUACCUGAUGAGUCUGUACCCAAUUUCAUGCCGUACUUGCGUGACGCGUGGCUGGAGUGCCGGCCUUUGUGAACGGGUGCCCCUUUUGUCCGUUGCGCGGUGACGCAGUUGACACAUCCGUGGAUUCACGCCCUGCGUGUGAGGGCGAGUGGCCCUAGUGCGCUGUGGGUGGUUUGCGUCACGGGACUCAUUAGCCAUGGAAAGAACUAACCCCUGCACGUUACGUGAGCCGACUGCGCUACCCCACACGGUACAAGUGCGCGACUGUGCAAGACUCGAACAUUGCGUGCUUUCGUAACCCGUCAAAUUGCAAGUUGCCAGUGCAAGCUCGAAGAAAAGUCUAGAUGUGUUAGUACCGGUAGUCUGAUGGCGUGAUGGACCCACUUGAGUACUCGACGUUAUGCACCACGCGGCUGUGCUAGCUGAUGCGGAGCUGAUGGUGGGCAGCUGGUUACUUUGCAUCGUACUUUGGGUGCUGCAAAAGACGCACUUGUACAUACCCAGCCCCCACCUGCAUUCAGUGGGUAGGAAGGGGCUCACUCCUUUGCCACGGCUGCACGUACGUACGCUACUAGCGGCAUUGGAUGGAGGUGUUUAGGGAGAAGAUGUGAGGAGCUGUUUAGCGUGGUUGUUCGGUGCUAGCCCUCUUACGCUGCUCCGGUUGGUUCCAGUACCUAAUUAGGAACAGAACACGCAAACAGGGCUGCUGGGUUAGCUGGGUGUGGGGUCGCGGCGCGGUUAUGAAUGCGACAUUACAAGAAGGGACAUUCCGACCAAGCAAGGGUGCCCAGCACCCAGCGGUUAUGAAUGCGGAUGUUACAGCGGUUAUGGGCUCAUGGCCAGUGCCACGGGUUCCCCACCACCAGCCCCCACGGAGCCAGUCGGUCGGGCAGUGACAAUCUGCUAGCGAAGGUGCUGUAAACAUGGAAGGCUCCAUUUGAUCCUCCACAGCCAGUAGCCACGAAUCAGUGGGACCGUUGGAUGAGUACGGUAUCCCGCAGUGGGUAUGACAUCGUGGUAUGACACUCGUGCGGGACUAUUGCCGGCGCAGCUUGGUAAGCAAGCCGAUUCCGCGUGGUGGCUGGAUAGCGUGCGGGUCUCCAUCCAAUGGAGAGGAUGGCAUGAUGAGCUUACAUAGUUGGUAUUCUGGUCCGUACCACUGGUCCA